CGAGCGGCUGCGGUGCGGGUGGAUGUGUUUGCUGGGAUCACUCGGAAGGGACGACUAUCGCUGUGACACAGCAGAGGACGCGCCGAGCAGGACUGGUGUCGGUGUGGCACCGGCGCACGCUGAGGGAGCCGGUGGAACCCGGUGGCCAUGGGGAUGUGGGCGUCUCUGGACUCGGUGUGGGAGAUGCCGGCCGAGAAGCGCAUCUUCGGGGCCGUGUUGCUCUUCUCCUGGACCGUGUAUCUCUGGGAGACCUUCCUAGCGCAGCGGCAGAGGCGGAUAUAUAAAACAACGACUCGGGUACCACCAGAGCUGGGGCAGAUCAUGGAUUCCGAGACCUUUGAGAAAUCUCGGCUGUAUCAGCUGGAUAAGAGCACGUUCAGCUUCUGGUCAGGGCUCUACUCGGAGAUUGAAGGCACUUUCAUUCUUCUCUUUGGAGGAAUCCCUUAUCUCUGGAAACUCUCUGGACAGUUCUGUGGUCAUGCUGGCUUCGGACCAGAAUAUGAGAUCACUCAGUCCUUGGUGUUUCUGCUGUUGGCUACACUUUUCAGUGCAUUGACUGGUUUGCCAUGGAGUCUCUAUAACACGUUUGUGAUAGAAGAAAAACAUGGCUUCAAUCACCAGACUUUAGACUUCUUCAUGAAGGAUGCAAUCAAGAAAUUUGUUGUGACUCAGUGUAUUUUAUUGCCCGUGUCUUCGCUUCUUCUUUACAUUAUUAAAAUUGGAGGGGACUAUUUUUUUAUUUAUGCCUGGCUCUUCACAUUAGUUGUUUCUCUGGUCCUUGUCACAAUCUAUGCAGAUUACAUUGCUCCUUUAUUUGACAAAUUCACACCUCUCCCUGAGGGAAAGCUUAAGCAAGAAAUCGAAGUGAUGGCAAAGAAUAUUGACUUUCCUUUGACAAAGGUGUAUGUUGUAGAAGGAUCUAAACGCUCUUCCCACAGCAAUGCUUAUUUUUAUGGCUUCUUCAAGAACAAGCGAAUAGUCUUGUUUGACACCCUGCUAGAAGAGUACUCUGUACUAAACAAAGACCUGCAGGAGGAGGCUGGCAUGGAACCCCGCAGUGAUGGAGAAGGGGACAGUGAAGACAAAAAAGCUAAAGUGAAAACCAAGAAACAAGGAUGUAAAAAUGAGGAGGUGCUUGCUGUACUGGGCCAUGAACUGGGGCACUGGAAGUUAGGACACACAGUCAAGAAUAUCAUUAUUAGCCAGAUGAAUUCGUUCCUGUGUUUUUUCUUGUUUGCUGUGUUAAUUGGCCGGAAGGAACUUUUUGCUGCAUUUGGUUUUUAUGAUAGCCAGCCUACUCUCAUUGGACUACUGAUCAUCUUCCAGUUUAUUUUUUCACCUUAUAAUGAGGUUCUUUCUUUCUGCCUCACAGUGCUGAGCCGCAGAUUUGAAUUUCAAGCUGAUGCAUUUGCCAAGAACCUGGGGAAGGCGAAAGACUUAUAUUCUGCUUUGAUCAAACUCAACAAGGAUAACCUGGGGUUCCCUGUUUCGGACUGGCUGUUCUCCAUGUGGCAUUACUCUCACCCUCCACUGCUGGAGAGACUGCAGGCUCUGAAAACGACAAAACAGGACUGAGAUGCCCGGGGCUGCCAUCCACGUCACCCCCAUUGUUUCUGGCCUGGCAGCAUGUUCCAGCUCUUGAUAUUUUUAGACUUUUUUAUUUUUAAGAGAAUAUAUUAAGUAUGGGAAAACCCAGAUUUAAAUACAUUUACUAUCUCAUUUCAAAGAUAAUUUUAAUAAUCCAUUUCUUAAAACACUGGAUACAAUUUGAGGCUUAGUGUUUUUAAAGGCAUAGGUUUCCCCCUUAUUGUUGACAGCUGAUCUACCAUCAGCCAGCAAAGAAAAUACAGAUAUGUUCUCAGUCAGACCCCUCUGUGGCAUCUGCCCAUGAAGGGGCUGGGGACAUAAGUCUCCAAAGAGGGACAAAAUGACUUUCUCCUUCCUGUGCCAAAGGGGCAGUAGUCCUGCAUCGUUGGGCACACACCCCAGUUGACAUUUGCUUUCACUUUCAUACUGUUAUGAUUUAACCUGGCCAAUCAGUGUUCUAGAUCAGAAAGGAGGCGGAGGUGGGAGCGGCUGGAGGCGUGGAGGUGAGAGGCGUUGGAGAUGGCGCGCUGGUCUCCUACCUCGGCUCCUGGCUCCGCUUCUUCCCCACCGCUCGUUGAUCAGUGCGCUGGAAUUAGAUAUUAUGUCGAGGAUGUUUUUAAUAUUUUUAAGUUUUUACCUUUCCUUCAACCUGGUGAGUUACGUUCCCGCUCGGGGCAAGCCAGGCUGUUUUCCUUGCUUCUCUUUCACUCCACACGAGGCGCAUCCCGGAGCACAGAUGGCCGCGCCCAGCAGCUGCUGCUCUGUGGAGAGUGGCAGAACCGAGCAAGUAGACAUCCGAGAGACAUGAGGACGAAAUACUGAUGAGUCUCUUGUGUGAACAGGAAAAAAUAUAUGGUUUUCUAUCUUGCAAGGACAGCAGAGUUUCAAUUCUUUACAAUUUUUAUCAGCAAGUCAUAAGUACCAACUAACUAGACCUGAUUCCAUUUUUUUAAAAUUGUGGUUGUUGAUACGCAGAUAAUGUUGAAGGGCAAACGAGACACACGAGGUGGUUCCAGGGUCGCGUGCCCCUCGCCUGUGCCCACUUGCUGAAGGGGAACUUUGCUCACAGGGGAUGUUUACUUGUGGGAUUUUUCUUCCUGAGUGGGCUCAGCUAUUCACCUUUGGGGUUUUAUCUGUAAAGUCGUGGACUCAGUGGACCCUUGAGUGAUGUCUAAAUGUGGAAAUGUAAUAAAAAUGAAAAUCUAGGCUAGUGUCACCUUGUUUGUUUUCCUAAGACUCAAGAAGAUCCAUGCAGUGGUUUUUAUCAGCAUGUUAUCUGUGACUCAUGCUCUGAUGACUGCCUUUCUUUACUCUGUGCCUUUAAAGACAAAUUUCAAUUCUGCACAAGUGAACAUUAAAAAUGACCAAUGCAAAUAA